AGUACUACUUUGCAGACCAUAAGAACGACAUCGCCUUUUUCGUCGUACAGUGCCAAUGUAAAAUGUACGAUGCGCGACUUUACACGCCGCCACCGCGCGCGAUGUCCGUGCACAGUAGUGCUGAAGUUCGCGCGCCUCUGCUCCAUAUUAUUCUCCCCUGCGCCGACGCUGCGCUGCGCCACCCCCUCCCGUCCUGUGAGCUGCUCCGCGCGUGAGUGUAUCUCUCGCUCUCUCUCUCGCUGUGUAUCUCCGUGCUUCCCGAGCCGCUCUCUCCUGCUCAGUGUUAGUCUGCUCGCCAUGGCGGAGGGACGCGGAGAGAUACCGCCUCAGCCGCCGCUUCACUUCUCCUUACCCCCGGCCAGCAAGCGACCGUGCUUGCGCCCCGCUCCCCGGGGGCCCGGUCCGGGGCCGGGGCCGGGCUUCCCCAACCCGCGGUUCCAGUGUCCCGAGUCGCUGCUGGACUGCGCGGCUAAGGCCGUGGCGGAGAAGUGGGCCUUCGAGAGGGUGGAGGAGCGCUUCGAGCGGAUUCCGGAGCCGGUGCAGCGACGCAUCGUCUACUGGUCCUUCCCGAGGAACGAAAGGGAGAUUUGCAUGUAUUCGUCAUUUCAGUGCCGGGGAGCCGGCGAGGACGGUCCGGCGGCGGGCGCCGGGGCUCCCGUUGGAUCUGGGGCUGUCCCUGGCGGGGUGUCCGGCGCUGUGGGGAAUGCGGUGGCAGGAGGCAGUGGAGAGGGACUACCUUUCCGGAGGGGGAUCCGGCUCCUUGAGAGCGGAUGCGUUGAGAACGUGCUGCAAGUCGGUUUCCACCUCAGUGGCACAGUAACUGAGCCAGCCUCUGGGUCUGAACCCGAGACCACCCACAAGGUGGCUAUCAGCUUUGACCGCUGCAAGAUCACGUCUGUGACCUGCGGUUGCGGAAACCGUGACAUCUUCUACUGCGCCCAUGUGGUGGCCCUGUCGCUGUACCGCAUCCGCAAACCCGACCAGGUCAAGCUGCGGCUGCCCAUCUCAGAGACCCUAUUCCAGAUGAACCGUGACCAACUGCAGAAGUUUGUACAGUACUUGAUUACAGCUCACCACACUGAGGUCUUGCCCACUGCACAGAAACUGGCAGAUGAGAUCCUUUCCUCCAACUCUGAGAUCAACCAAGUCCAUGGUGCUCCAGACCCCACAGCGGGUGCCAGUAUUGAUGAUGACAACUGCUGGCACCUAGACGAAGAGCAGGUUAGGGAACAGGUCAAGCAGUUCCUCUCCCAGGGUGGCUAUUACGGCUCGGGCAAGCAGCUCAACUCCAUGUUUGCCAAGGUGCGGGAGAUGCUGCGGAUGCGGGACUCAAACGGGGCAAGGAUGCUGACUCUAAUCACAGAGCAGUUCAUGGCAGACCCCCGCCUUUCUCUGUGGAGGCAGCAGGGCACAGGCAUGACGGACAAGUGCCGGCAGCUGUGGGACGAACUGGGUGCCCUAUGGGUGUGCAUUGUGUUGAACCCGCACUGCAAGAGUGAGGAGAAGAGUGGCUGGCUGCGGCAGCUCAAGAAGUGGAGUGACAUGGACGUGUGCCCCCUUGAGGACGGGAACUAUGGCAGUGAACUGCCCAACAUCACCAAUGCCCUGCCGCAGAGCAACCUCAACCAGGACUCACUGGCUCGACCUAGGAGAACGGUCUUCACCCGUGCCAUGGAGGCCUGCGACUUGCACUGGCAGGACAGCCACCUGCAGAGGAUCAUCAGCAGCGACUUCUACAUGUCACCAUCAUACCAGCGGGAGGGCGAGAGCCUGCUUUUCAACCAGCAGGGCCUGCCACUGUGGCUCGACCAUGUGCCCACAGCAUGCGCACGAGUCGACGCCCUGCGCUCCCACGGUUACCCCCGCGAAGCCCUCCGCCUGGCAGUGGCCAUCAUCAACACCCUGCGGCUGCAGCAGCAGCGCCAGCUGGACAUCUACAAGCACCAGAAGAAAGAGCUGCUACAGAGAGGUGUGACCACCACCACCAAUCUGGAGGGCUGGGUGGGCCACCCGCUGGACCCCAUUGGGUGCCUCUUUGAAACCCUGACUGAGACCUGCCGCCUGGAGGACGACAACGCCAUGGAUACAGGCGACUCUGAGCCCAAACCGCCCGUCUACCAUCACGUGCCCGUGUGGGGCAGCCCGGAUGGCGGGGAGUCCUACCUGGCACUGGCCCUUGAGGUGGCGCUAAUGGGCAUGGGGCAGCAGCGCGUGAUGCCUGAGGGUCUGUAUGCUCAGGAUAAGGUGUGCCGCAACGAGGAGCAGAUUGUGGCCCGCCUGCAGGAGAUGGAGCUGGACGAGGUGCUGGUUCAGACGCUCCGCAAACAGGCCGUGCUCCUCCUGGAAGGGGGUCCCUUCAGUGGCCUAGGUGAGGUCAUCCACCGAGAGAGUGUCCCCAUGCACACCUUUGCCAAGUACCUGUUCACUGCACUGUUGCCGCAUGACGCCGAUCUGGCCUACAAGAUAGGCCUACGAGCUAUGAGGCUUCCCGUGCUGGAGUCAACAGCCCCAUCAGGCGACGUUGGCCACCCGCACCACGGUAUCUCCAUUGUGCCCAGCCGCUACCCGCGAUGGUUUACAUUGGGCCACCUGGAGUCACAGCAGUGUGAGCUGGCCUCCACCAUGCUGACUGCCGCCAAAGGGGACAUGCUGAGGCUGCGGACUGUGCUGGAGGCCAUCCAGAAGAACAUCCACUCCUCGUCCCUCAUCUUCAAGUUGGCUCAAGAUGCCUUUAAGAUCGCCACGCCUGCUGAAAACCCUCCGGACAUCACGCUGCUCAACGUGGCAUUGGAACUGGGCCUGCAGGUGAUGCGAAUGACACUGUCCACACUAAACUGGAGACGCAGAGAGAUGGUCCGCUGGCUGGUUACCUGCGCCACCGAAGUCGGCCUACGUGCACUUGUGAGCAUCCUACAGAGCUGGUACACCCUCUUCACCCCCACUGAGGCCACCAGCAUUGUCGCAGCUACCGUCAUGUCCCACAACACCAUCCUGCGACUGAGCCUGGACUACCCGCAGCGUGAGGAGCUGGCCAGCUGUGCCCGCACGCUGGCCCUGCAGUGCGCCAUGAAGGACCCGCAGAACUGCGCCUUGUCAGCCCUCACGCUCUGUGAGAAGGACCACAUAGCCUUUGAGACAGCCUACCAGAUUGUCAUCGACGCGGCCUCCACGGGCAUGACCUACUCACAGCUCUUCACCAUCGCCCGCUACAUGGAGCACCGCGGCUACCCACUGCGAGCCUUCAAACUGGCCUCUCUUGCCAUGACGCACCUCAACCUGGCCUACAACCAGGACACACAUCCAGCUAUCAAUGACGUGCUUUGGGCCUGCGCCCUCAGCCACUCCCUGGGCAAGAACGAGCUGGCUGCCAUCAUCCCCCUGGUGGUGAAGAGUGUGCACUGUGCCACGGUGCUUUCGGACAUCCUGCGGCGAUGCACCAUGACAGCACCGGGGCUCGCCGGCAUCCCUGGUCGGCGCAACUCCGGGAAGCUCAUGUCCACUGACAAGGCGCCACUGCGACAACUGCUGGACGCCACCAUCAGCGCUUACAUCAACACAACCCACUCCCGCCUCACACACAUCAGCCCGCGGCACUACGGCGAGUUCAUAGAGUUCCUCAGCAAGGCCCGGGAAACCUUUCUGCUGGCUCAAGACGGACACAUCCAAUUUGCCCAGUUCAUUGACAACCUCAAACAGAUAUAUAAGGGCAAAAAGAAACUGAUGAUGUUGGUGAGAGAACGAUUCGGCUGACCUUUCUCCUCCCACGUGGUUUGGUCAGCUAUAGGGGACAAUAAUAUUUUAAACAUUUAUUUAACCUUUUCCCUCUUAUUUUCUUCGGGAAUGGCAGUUCUUUGAAAAAGAAUCACUUCAUUCUAAUGUUCUAAAAUUAGAGAAAAUUGAACAAGUGAAAAGAAUGGAUGUGUUUUUAUUGUUUUCUUUUAAUAAUUGAAAUUGAAAAAAGUAAAGUGGCACAUAAAGAAAAACCAAAAUAGUUUGAGGGGAUGUGGUGAGCCAGGGACGGCUCUCCCUCGCUGAUAGAAAGCUGUUUCAGGGGGUUCGUGAUCGACCGAAAGUUGUCAUACCAAAACCUUGGCGGGCAGAGCACAGUCGUCAUACCUCUAUCGUAUUCCAAGGAUCAGCUUUAACGCUCAGCCGAAGGGCCAAGCCUCGGCACGACGCGCGGCCUGAACGAGGACCCAAAACCACGACACUUCAACGCCUUUACCACCAAUCCCCGAGUACGUGCGACCUGACCUGCAGAGAUUUCCCCACCCUGGCCCCGGACACCCAGCCAAGCCACACGUCAGAAUUGUUGUUUUUACUUUUAUUUAUUCUAGAUCUUCUGUCUUUUCUUUUAAUGAAGGUACUUUUCAGAAAAGGAAAAGAAAAUGGAAAAGGAGUACCGUAUUACUUCAAAUUAGCACCUCCCUUGAAUAUGUAUCAGGCCCUUGAGGGGACAAGUCCCAGCAUCCCCUGUGUUGGCGCAGAUACAGCAGGUCCUAAGACUGUAAAAUUUGAACAGCAUUGGAUGGAGGUUGUAACGAUGUCUGAGUAACUGAAGACUGAACAAGAAAGU